GUUUCUCCGAAGGACGCAAGGAAGAGUUACAGAAGCAGCAGCGAGCAAACAACAAAAGGCUUUUUGUAUUUUGAAUUCUAAAACGGCAUCGCUUGAUGGGUGAUCAAAAUCCCCCCAUGGCAAUCACCACUAGAGACAGAGAUCGAGAGCUUCUCAUCCCCGUCGCUGACUCCGCCGUCGACGGCGGCGCCUCCUCUUCCACCACCACCACCUCCUCCUCCUCCUCCUCGCAUCAUGCUGGCCGCGAGACAUUUUACAAAGUCGUUAGGAGCUGGGCAUCAAAAAAAUUCAUGACUGGAUGUGUCAUUCUCUUUCCAAUUGCUAUCACCUUCUAUAUAACAUGGUGGUUUAUUCAUUUCGUGGAUGGAUUUUUCUCUCCAAUAUAUGCUCAACUUGGAAUUGAUAUUUUUGGUCUUGGAUUCAUAACUUCCAUAUCUUUCAUCUUCUUGGUCGGGGUUUUCAUGUCAUCCUGGUUGGGUGCGUCUGUCUUAGGCCUUGGGGAGUGGUUUAUCAAGCGAAUGCCACUUGUUCGUCAUAUUUAUAGUGCCUCCAAGCAGAUUAGUGCUGCUAUCUCUCCAGAUCAAAAUACACAAGCCUUCAAAGAAGUAGCCAUCAUUCGGCAUCCACGUAUUGGUGAAUAUGCUUUAGGAUUCAUCACCUCAUCUGUUGUCCUUCAGAACUAUUCUGGAGACGAGGAGCUGUGCUGUGUCUAUGUUCCUACAAAUCAUCUUUAUAUUGGUGAUAUAUUUCUUGUCAACACCAAGGAUGUCAUUCGACCAAACUUAUCAGUUCGUGAAGGAAUUGAAAUUGUUGUUUCGGGAGGCAUGUCAAUGCCACAGAUCCUAUCAACUAUUGAUUCCCGCAUUAUACCAGGGGAUAUAAGUAGACCCAGCAGAAGCUGAGAGUGAAGGGUAUAGUAGAUGUUCUUGUCUUAGUACCUUGGUAUCAUUAUAUGGAGCCAUCAGAAUGACCAUGCAAUCAUUUUGUGUUGCGAAUGCUAGUAUUUAAUUUAUGUCGUUGAUUGCUGAGAAAGUGUUACUCUGAUGGCAUGUGUAACAUUCGUUUGUGUGUAAGAAUGUAGAAUUUAGCGUUUGUUUGACAGGCAUACAAAAUUCUAUUCUCUGCUUGGAGUUUCGAAUUUUUACCUGUGUAUAAUCUAGUGGUUCCCCACUUGUUAUAGCAAUUCAAUUUUGUAGAACGAUUUUCCACUUAAUGUAGUAUUUCUGUGUG